CACGACGAUAUUAUCGUUUCUAAAUUCCCAGUAACCUCAACGUAUUUUUAUAAUUCCAUCGCUCCGUUAAAAUUCAUAAAUUCCGAGUGUCAGUUCCGAGUAAAAAAUUAUUGACUGAAAAAAGAAAGAUGUCGACAAUCGAAUUGUUCUUAUGGAUUCAAUAAUUUUUCGUGUGAAUAAAUUAAGUCCUGAGCAAUGCAGCAUCUAACUACCGGUUAAAUUCCCCUGUGGAGUAGUUCGCGUACGCAAAAAUGACAUUCUGUUAUAAAUCCCCGAAAGUCCAGUCCUGUCCGAUGGCCUCUGACUACAAAAGUCAUGGGCUCCGGGAGGACCUGGAGGAAACCGUCAACGAGAUGGAGAAACGUCAUGGGGAAUUGGCGAGUCGUCGACAAUUUUUGACAGAAAAAAUUUUAAAUUUGGAGAAGACAAUGCCUCUUCUGGUUGCUCACAAGUUCUGGAGUUGUGGGCAGAGGGAUAAAGUGUCAUUUGAGAGAAUUCAACAACUCGUUGAUGAGUUAUCACCAUAUCCUUACCCCAAUUCCACUGAGAAACUCCUCAAAGAGACGAAUGACAAAUUGCAACGACUGAACGAAGAAACGAAGCAGUUGCAUGAUAAAAUAAUAGAAGCAGACGUGAAAAUCGAAGAGAGUGGAAUGGAAUUGGAGUCGUUACUCCUGGUGAACAACGAACUGGCUGAAAAGAUCAAGUCCUCGGAGACAAAAGCUCUGGAGAAAGAACGACGGGCUAAGGGAUUCCCCGAUUUACAUGAGAUUGAUCCCGAGGAUAUUGCGUGUCUCGGUAGAAUUCGUCAACUUGUGCAACAAGAAAUACGAUUGAAAAAUUGUAUAACUGCACUUGAGGAUCGAGAGACCCAUAUGCAAGCUCAAUUGAAUCAAUUGUUACCAGACAAUAAAAAAUUGGAUAAACGGCCGAACAAGUGCCCAGAAAAAUCGAAACGAGGAAAGAAAAGAGAUGAUAAAAAUGUUAGGGAACCUCCGGUGAGAACUCAUUCUUCAAGUACUCGAGAUGACGUAUGUCAUUGUGACAGUGAAGGAAGUCUAUAUCAGAACGAUUCAACGAGUGAUGAUGAUAGUGAUGAUGAAUACUGGGAAUGCUGUAACUGCGAGGGUCAUUAAUUAAUCAACAAUUUCUCAUUCCUCUCUGGUUUAUUAUCUAUUGUUAUCAAUUAUUCCUUUGAGUUAUUACAUCUCCAGUUAUUCUGUCACAUGACAGAAUUAAAUGAAAAAAUAAUUCACAAAUUUCCAUUCAAAUUUCUGGGAUUUCAGGAAUUUAUGGAAUAUUUCUAUUAUUUUAAUUCUUAUUUGAAUAAAUAAUGGGGAUAUUCUGUAAUAAAAUAUAACGAAAUCAAUAAAACUUUGGGAUUGAAUGAAUCCCGGACUUACGUCAUGUGGCCCCGAUGCAUAAAAUGGAACAGAGCUCUCGUUAUUGAAUGUAACUCGAGACGACUUUGUUGUGAUUUAUUCUCAGAA